GGUCAGAGACUGCAGACAUACUACAGGAGACAGUCAGAGACUGUAGACAUACUACAGGAGACGGUCAGAGACUGUAGACAUACUAAAGGAGAUGGUCAGAGACUGCAGACAUACUACAGGAGACAGUCAGAGACUGUAGACAUACUACAGGAGACGGUCAGAGACUGUAGACAUACUAAAGGAGAUGGUCAGAGACUGCAGACAUACUACAGGAGAUGGUCAGAGACUGCAGACAUACUACAGGAGAUGGUCAGAGACUGCAGACAUACUACAGGAGAUGGUCAGAGACUGAAGGCAUUCUACUGGAGAUGGUCAGAGAAUGCAGACAUA